AAGAUAGGCCUCGGGGUCAGACCGCGGAUUGUAACACAGUGUCUAAUUAAAGUGAUGGCUGAAGAAGCAGUAGAGUCUUCCAGCUCUUUUGAGAGCUCUGGUGAUAGUACAGUAACUAAUGAGUGUCUACAGGAGCUUUUGGAUGUGUUUGUCACUACUGUGUACAAGGCAAAGACUACAGAUAGACGGUAUGAGAUCAUACAGAAGAGAUGUCUCCAUUUCUUUGGCAGGGACUACAGGCUAGAGAUAAUCGACAACAAGCAAGGGCAGCUUUGUGGACACUACCCAUCAGAGAUCAUUAUCGCAGUGGGUCACCUCAACACAGAGCACAACAACAAUGAUGACCCUAGCUCUGUGAAUGAAGUGAAGGAGAUCAAAGAGCUAAUGACCACAGCAAAGCUUGCUCGAUGUCGCUCAAGAUUUGUACUACCUGUUAUCCUGUUUGAGAACAAGAAUAUCUGUCGCUCUGCCACUCUGUCGACAACUGUGGAGCUGUAUGGGAGAUCAGGUGUGGAGUGGAUCUUCACGGGGGGUAAGGAGGACACUGUGGGGGGUGAGGACAGGCAAAAGUCCGCUAGUACAACACCGGGGGGCCCAACUCUCAAUGAUCCUGAAAACAGUGAAACUGAGUGGGCAUUACUGAGCAAGGUGAGAGGUCAAGAUGUCCGACUCAUGAAGGCUCUCAAUGUCUCUCUCAUCUGUGACCUCAUGGUGGAGAAAAAGAAACUCAAGUUUGGAGUCUAUGUGUCUUCCUCUGAGAAAGUGGACAAGUGGGCAAGAUACUCUGACUUUGAGAUAGCUUCCAUGCCUUACCCUGGCUGUGAGUUCUUUAAGGACUACAAAAACAAUGGAUACAAUCCUGUCUCUCUGCAAUUUGACUGGAAACAGAGCUAUAUUGAUGCUGAGCUCUGUGUACCGGAGAUCAUGAAAGUGGCCAUUCCUCAGCCUUGUAUCUCGUAUCAGAGCUGGGACUUGGUGCUCAUCACACAGAACUAUUUCAAGAUGUUGUUGAAGCACUUAUUGGAAUGUGAGGGUGGUCUGCUGGUUCACUGUAUCUCUGGUUGGGAUAGAACUCCACUCUUUGUCUCAUGGCUCAGAUUAUCACUAUGGGCGGAUGGUUGUAUCCACAACAGUCUGUGUGCGGCAGAGAUGCUCUACCUCACGCUAGCCUAUGAUUGGCUCAUGUGCGGGCAUCAAUUGAAAGAGAGGCAUGAAAAGGGAGAAGAAGUGAUGUACUUCUGUUUUGACUUCCUCAAGUACAUAGUCACUGAGGAGUUCUCAAUUCAUGGGAAACCAAGAAGUUCUAAGAUACCUCACAACAGCACUAGAGCUCUGAAUGGUUCCACUGCCCUCACUAACAGUCAGGAAGAGACCACAACAACAGGGAAACGCCUACUCAGCCCUUUAGCUUUUGAUGACAGUGUGUCCACUGAUGAAUUGCUGUCGAGCAGUUCCUCUAACUCCCACCCCCUCUCCGAAGAGAACAGUAGGGCAAGACAUGUGAGGGGGGAGGCUGCUGGUGUGUGUAGUUCAAGCCAUACGUCUUCAAAUUCAAGGUCCGGGGCCAGCUGCAGGUUGUUACGUGCCCAGAGGCUGAGUGAGGUCAGACAGCUGUUCUUUAGAGUGUACAGAGCGGCUAUACCAGAGGUCACGGACCCACCUCCUGCAGGGAAUACCCUAGCUGGUAUCACCGGGUUCUUCUCAAGACUCGCCGGAUCACUGAACCCUAACCCAGCUGCCGUGUGACAUUUGUGGAAACUCUUUUUUUAGAAUUUUUAUGCCUUUUUAAUCAGUAUUAUGAUCCGAUAAAUGCAGCGUAUUAUUUAUAUUAAUGUGUGGUUUUUAUAAUUCUAAUGAAAAUUUAUUGCAUUGCA